AGAUUUGAUAUUGAAUGGCAUUCACAUUCGCUGCUCUUGCUUACCUCUUAGCACUCAUUUUGGCCUGCGUGCUGUUAUUUUUUGCUAUCUACCAAAUCAUAGCAGUGGACGAACUCAAGACGGACUACAAGAACCCAAUAGAACAAUGCAACAGUCUCAACCCCCUCGUGUUGCCCGAAUACGGAAUCCUCAUUUUCUACAAUCUGCUAUUUCUCCUAGCAGGGGAUGUAGUCACCUUCGCUCUGAAUUUGCCAAUGAUUGCAUAUAACAUAUACAGGUACGCAAACAGACCAAUGAUUGGAGGCUAUGGCAUCUAUGACCCAACUACAAUUAUGAACACAAGUCAGCUCAGUCUGAUCAUGAAGGAGGGCUGGAUCAAGAUGGCCUUUUUUCUAGUCUCUUUCUUCUUCUACCUAUACUGCCUAAUCUACACUCUAAUCACAGCUUAACCCUUACUUCAAUAGAAAGAAAGACUCAUUGUAGUUCUAGCCAAGCGAAUCAUAACAAUACACGUGUUGCCCAAACGGAAACAAAAGUCUAAUGUUAUUGUUGCUGCUUACAAAGAAAGUUCUGACCUGCGAAAAUGAAGAAAUAACUAAAACUAAUGUUAAAUUUUGUGGAAAUUUGUCCUAAAUUUUAUACCAGUUCCCUAAAAAGAAAAAGCAAUUAAAUACACUGUUUUUCAACUGAUUUUAUUUUGUGCAAAGUUUUUCAAAAAGUGCUUCAUUGUCUUGGAAAAUAAGUUUCCGUGAAAACAGCAUAUUUGAUCACGCUUGCAGAAAUGACGAGCUUACAUCCAAUUUUAGGCAUCUCUUUUCAAAUCAGUGUAGUAUGAUAUCAAAAUUGUCUGCUUACAAUCGGAAGUUUUCUCUUAACCUUAGCUAUGAUCACUCUCAUUUCUCCGAAGUUUUAUGAUGUCUAUUGUCAGAUUUCAAUUUAAUAUUUAU